GAGAACCAAGUGGAGACCGGCAGUGCGUGUCUUGACCUGUCAGAUCGGGUUCUGCAGUGGUCGCGGUGCCUGUGUUAGCGUGCGAUGCAGUGAAGAGAGCGCCCUUCGGAGGAGAUUCAAUGGCCACCGGCGAAACAACGUCCGUGCAUCAGGCCGCCCUGCUCAAACCCGGCGGCGGCGGCGACAAAGCCUUCUGGACGGCCACAGCGGCCGCAACCACGGCGGCCGCCUUCUUCGAGGAGACGCCUGAGGAGGCGGUCAAGCGCCAAGUGGCCGCCCUCAAGCGCAAAUUCCACCAGGGUCGUCAGCUGCUCAUCAAGUAUCUGCCCAGGGAUGUCACGGAACAGAGUGUUCGUGACCUUCUGAGCGACAUGCCGAUCCAGUCGGUGCAGCUGCAGACGGGCCCUGGGUCUGGCUCGGCGCGGGUGUCCCUCGAGGAGCCCGAAAUGCUGGAGGAGUGGGACCGCGAGCGCGUGUUUUGUCUGCGGGGCCAGCGAGUGCCCGUGAGUCCGGCGCCCACCGAGAUGCUGCUGUGCGUGGCGCGGCUGCCGCCCAAGUUCAACGAGCACCAGUUCAACGCCCUCGUGCGAAGCUACGGGGAGGUCACCAGGAGCUUCCUCAUGAUCAGCGAACGCACCGGCCAAAGCAAAGGCUAUGGGUUUGUUGAGUAUGCGCUGAAAGAGACUGCCCUGCAGGCCAAGAGCCUCCUGGACGGGAGACACCUGGACGGCUGCACCCUGUGCUGUGAUUGGCUCGAGGCCAGCCACGUGACCUUUGAGUCACUGCACUCCAAGUGCCUCUAUGUAGACAGACUGCCACCCAACUUCAGGGAUAUGGCCGAGUUCAGAAGGAUCUUCAGUUCGGUCAACAACCCGCCCUAUUGCCAGAUUGCUCUGCGCAACGGCUGCCCUCAGGACUGGGGCCUCGUCGAGUUCAACACGGCCGACGAAGCCGAACAGACGAUGCAAGCGGUCGAGAGUGCCCAGCUGCACGGGCACCAAAUCAGGGUCAGCUUCUACAUCCCCGGGGUCAGGGCGAUCAACCUUUACCUUAAACUCUUGAAUGAAAACCCAAACAAGAGCAAAGGUGCUCUGUUACCGGAUCCUCCAGCACCGGCAGUGUUCCAACAACUUCAAAAUUUGGCCAAACAAAAUCCAGUCUUUGCCCAGAAUCUGCAGAACAUAAUUUUGAAUCAAAUCCAGAAUCUGCCUGCCCCGAAGGCAGCAGAGGCGGCGUCGACUUCCGCCUCCAGUCCCCUAGCCGCCCCCACAGGCGCCCUCAAGUGCCCUUCCUCUUCUCCAGUCUCGUCCCCGUCUCCUUCAAAGACUUCGCCGACUGCCAAGCCGCCCCCACCGCCUCCACUUCCGCAGGCGGCUGUUGUGCAACAGCAGCAGCAACAGACCAACCAGGCUGCCCUCGUUGUCUACUUGGCAGCACAAAUGCAGAGCCAGAUGGGGGCCAGUUCGCCUUCACUGCUGGGCAACCCGCAGAUGCUCGCCACCCUGCAGACCCUCAUCAAGCAACAAGGACCAAACGCUGCGCAGGCGGCCGCCCAGGCGGCCGUCACGGCAGCCAGUCAGUUGGGCCAGGCGGCCAACACAAUGAAGCCGGCGCUGCUGCCCAAACCAAAGGCGGCCGCUGAGGCGCCGCCCCCAGGGCCGCCUCCAGGGCCACCCAUGAACUGGACCAUCCUGCCGCCGACGCCCACCCUGCUGGCCGUCUCCGAAGAGGCCGCCCCCUCUCCUCUAGAAAUGUGGAUUGGCCAGACCCAUGUGGCCGCCGCCGCAGAGGCGGCCGCCCUUUUGGCCGGCGGCCUUGUGCCCGCCUUCCCUGCCGAAUGGGGCCUGCCACCCUCACCGCCCCCGUGGCCGGCCAUGGCCACCCUGCGGCCGCCAUGGCCGCUCGGCUGGGCCCAGCCCCCGCCCCCGGUGGCCGCCACUGUGGCCCCCGGCGUGGCCAUGACGCCCCUCGGCCAGAAGAGGAAGUACAGCCAAUUCCUGCCGAGUCCCGAGCCGAGCCCCGAGGGCAACUACAUCGGCCAGCACUCGCAGGGCCUCGGCGGCCACUACGCCGACUCCUUCUUCAAGCGCAAGAAGAAAAACUAGAAAUUCAAUCGCCCCCGUCGGCGGUUUGGCGCCAAAAGUGCAUUUUCCCCUGAGUCUUUAGAUUUUAUUCUUUUUUUCUGUUAGUGACAUGGAAGGGAGGAAUUUCCUUGUUUUGGGAUUCGAUUUUCUCAAACUCAGGAAAUUCUCCACAUGGCUGCAGCUUUUCCAUUUUUGCUAAUUGUACAAUUGUGGAGAUGUUUCACCUGUGCUUUUCAUUCAAAAACAUAAUCCAAAAAAAAAAUCAUCUUGGUACAAGUGGGUGCUGGUUGGUUCUAUUCAAUUUUCUUUGCUUCUUUGAAGCCGUAACACAUAAAUAUGAUUGUAUAUUUUUUGCUUUUUUCAAGUCCUAUUUUUGUUGAGAAUCUCGUGGAUUUGAAAACUUUCAAAUUAUUGAAAAUAACUAAAUUGCUGCGAAGAUUCCUGAUAAUAUUUUUUAUGAUUAUUGACUGUACUUGAGCAUUGAGAAAUGCUCCUCAUUAAAAAUUUUGAGUAAUUUUUCAUGUCUGCAAAAAUAUUCGAUCGUCAGGAAUCUUUCUGGCAAUUUUAUUAUUUUUGGAGCUCUUCAAACAGAGGUUGCAAAUCUUUGUCAUAUCUUUCGAAUGUAAGUUUUGAAAGACUGCAGAUCACUUUUCAAUUUUUCUCAUCACACGCAAACAUAAUUAUAUACAUUUCCCACCAACAUAAAAUUUUUGAAGCACAUUCAUUCACACACAGGAGGAGAAUUUCAAAGAAAAAUGCACCAAUCCAGACGUGACUUUUGCAGCUGACCACAAACGGUGUGUACGAUAUUUGAAAAUAUAAAAGCACACAUUUUGAAAAGCUGGAUGCGAGUGUGUAAAAUUAUGUGCGUUUGAUAUACAAAAAGUGAGGUGUGUAAUAAAAUAAUUAUAUUAUUAUCUAUCACCAAGUUGCUCUCUGUCUAUGGAAAAAUAAUCUCUAGCUGUUCUUAUCUCAUCUCUCUCUGUCUAUAGGAUUUAAAAUCUUAAAUGCCGCCUGUUAUUUAGUGAGCGAUUUUUGUGAAAAUGAAGUUUCGAAGUGGACUUCGAUUGUUGAUUCUUUUUAUUAUUAUUUUUUUCCUAGUAUUGUCAGGUGGUUAUAAUAGAUAUUCACUCACUUUUCCUGACAACGAACAAAGUCUUGGUCUUUAGGUGUUAUUUUAGCACAACCUCUACCGAGUUUAAGCAAAACCAUCCAACUGAAUAAUUGGAAUAUUUUACUACUCGUAGAUAUAUUAUCGGAGCUGUGUGCUAAAAUCCAUUUAUUUUAUAAACGGCGCAUUUUUUUUCCUCUGCCUAGUUGACAAGUAGGUUGUAAUUGUUAGGUUCUUAUUAAGUCUUAAUUUAUUAUUGAGUUUGUUAUUAUUUUUCUUUUGAAGGCAACAGACAGAGCUCAAUAAUUUAAACUUCUUCUUCUUCUUUGGCUUUCCCUUCUUUUCCACACAAACAUGAAAUUAGCGCCAAUUUUGAAAGAAGGGCCCACAAUUUAAUUUAUAUAAUAUAUAAAUUUGAGAUAAACACACUCUUCCUUUAAUUACAUUAAAAAACGGAUGAGAGAAAGAAAUAACGCUAUGUCUAAAUAUUGAUGUUGCCUGCUAAUUGGUGGACAUAAAAACUACACCCUGCUGAAUCUAUAUGAUAAAGUGUUUAAUUGUGAUGAUGAAUUAUGGAGCUGAUAGAGCAAAUUGACUAUAAUUUAUGGAGUAAAACGAUACAUUUGAUUCACACACUGCUAUCAGUCUAUUAGAGGAUUAAGUUUAUAUGUUUUGUUGAUUUCUCAAAAGAAAAUAUAUCAAAGUAUAUCGAUACGACGACA